UAAUAUUUUAGUAUUGUAAUUAUAUUUCUUUUUUUUAUACAUUUCUAUAUGUUUUUAUAAAUAUGUUGUCUUAUAGCAUUAAAGAGAUGAUCAUUAUAAUGAUCGUAAAUAAUGUUCAUAAUUCUGACGAGUUUAGGUCAUAUGGAAAACACGCGAUAUUGACAGAAUAUUAUUACUUCGUUUAGUGUUCAAAAAUAAAUUUAUCAGAAAUGUUACAAAUGUCUAGAUUAGAAGUCAACGUUAGGCGACUUUUAACACGUUGCGAAUUAAUGGCAAAAGAUAAUCCUCAAAAGGAUUGGAAACUUGAAAAGUACAUACUUGCUCUGGACGAAAUGAUUAAGAAGUUGCAAGCUUUACCAGACAAACCUUCCAAAGAUGUUUUAACAGGAUAUGCAAAGAGACUUGAUUUUUUAAAAGGAAUUGUAAACACAGCAAAAUUAAAUAAUCCAGAUGAAAGAGUAGCUGCUGUACAAAUGUUAUCUAAAACAUCAAAUGUAAAUGACACUCUUGGUCCAAAUAUAGCGACACAAAUACAUCAGAAAACUACAGCAAGAUAUAAUCAAGAAUUACGUGCAGAACUAUUUCAUACUGAAAAGGGAUCUUUAGAUGAUGGAAUUCGACAUAGAUUUCCUAGUGCAAGUAUACAGGAUGAAGAUUUAGACGCGCUCGUGAAAUAUAAUCGAAACAUUCAAGAAAAGAUAGCAGAAAAUAUGCUCUCCAUGACUAGCAGCAUGAAAGAACAUGCUUUAGCAGCUAGUGCUAUUAUAAAAAGAGAUAUCAGUACCUUGGAAAAGUCUGAAAAAUUAACGAAUACUAAUACUGGAAAAUUGAAAACAGAAUCUUUGAAGUUGGAUGAACAUACAAAAUCCAAUUGGAGGUGUUGGGUUUGGUUAAUGAUUGCAUUUGUACUUGUGGUAUUUUUUAAUAUGGUACUAUUUAUGAAAAUAGCAAAAAAGAAAAUUUAAAUGUAUUUUAAUAAUAAUAAUAAUUUUAUAAAGGAUACGUGUUAUGUAUUUAAAAUGUAUGCACAAGAUAGUGCAUCAAUGUGAAUUGCUGUGAAU